AUGCCCUGUCCUGUUGUCAAUGGUACGUCGUACAUCACGGUGAAGCUGUGCUUGCAAGAUUUGUUGAAAUCGUGCGAGACUUUCUACAAGAAACUGCUAAAACUGAACUCCGAUGAGAGUGAGGAUGCAACAGGUCGGGAUUCGACUCUGUUUAACGACGCGUUGGUCUUGAAACUGGUUGUCAAGGACGAUUCUGCCCUUAGGGAAGUUUUCACGCAGCAGAAGAAGGAUUUGGUUUAUCGUAUCAAGAGUCACGAUUGGCGGAGUUUGGUGAACGAAUGUGUGACGUACUCCGUUGAUGAUUUGGUGGAAGCUGUGACGGUAUUAGCUGAUCUGGACGCGCCGUACCAAUGCUGGCCGAACGACAUUGAUCCCUUGCAAGUGUACACCCUGGACCCAAUGGGAAACGUGGUAGGGUUAACCUCGUCCAAAAACGGUAUGAGCACUACGAAACAGAACAUGUCCACUGCUCCUACUACUGCGUUGCCCUCAUUAGUUGCCUCCAGGGCCCAGUCGUACACAGACCUUACCAAAAAUGUCCCCACGGGUGCCUCGUAUCCGUCGCUCCCCAUCGGCAAUGCUGGCGCGAACUCUCAAAGGAAGAGGUGCAUUGCUGUUCUUACGUCAGGUGGCGAUGCUCAAGGUAUGAACCCUUUCGUCAGGGCAGUCGUGAGAACCGCGCUGUUUAAAGGCUGUCAACCGUUCGCAAUCUUUGAAGGUUACAAGGGGUUGGUCCGCGGUGGUCCAGAGUACAUUAAAGCGCUCAACUGGGAAGAUGUCGAUGGAUGGAAUGCACAAGGUGGCACCAACAUCGGUACCGCUCGGUGCAAAGAAUUCAAAGAACGUGCUGGGAGACUCGCAGGUGCUUUGCAUCUUAUUGAGGCCGGGAUUGACGCUUUAAUUGUCUGCGGUGGUGAUGGGUCUCUGACGGGGGCUGAUCUGUUCAGAGCAGAAUGGCCCUCCUUGGUUGACGAGCUGUUAAACUCGGGCAAGAUCACUGCCGAGCAGGCGACUACCUACCAACACUUGACCAUCUGCGGUGCUGUUGGGUCUAUCGAUAACGAUAUGGCGGAUACAGAUUCCACCAUCGGGGCCUACUCUGCCCUAGACAGAAUAUGCGAGGCCGUCGAUUACGUAGAGGCGACUGCUAAAUCACAUUCAAGAGCAUUUGUUAUUGAAGUUAUGGGGAGACACUGCGGUUGGUUGGCGUUGAUGUCCGGUAUUUGCACUUCUGCGGACUCUAUAUUUAUUCCGGAGGAAGCUGUCGACCCGAAAACAUGGAGAGACGAUAUGUGCAAAGUUGUGACCAAGCACAGAGAGAGAGGUAAGAGGACGACAAUUGUUAUUGUCGCCGAGGGGGCGUUGGACAGUGAUUUGACUCCAGUUACCUCAGAGGACGUCCAUAAGACUCUGGUGGACAGACUAGGCCUGGACACAAGAAUUACCGUGCUGGGUCACGUUCAAAGAGGUGGUUCUGCAGUGGCCUUUGAUAGAAUUUUAGCAACAUUGCAAGGUGUCGAAUCUGUCAAUGCAGUGUUGGAGUCUACACCAAGCACUCCAUCUCCAAUCAUUACUGUCAGUGAGAACCAGAUUCAGAGAAAGUCUUUGGUGGAGUCUGUCAAGUCGACCAAAUCGAUUGCUGCGGCCAUCAAAGAAAAAGAGUUUUCGCGCGUUCUUCAAUUAAGAAACUCAGAAUUUGUCGAGCAUUACGAAAAUUACCUGGCCAUCAACGCUGCUGAUCACUAUGCACCUCAACUUCCCAAGAAGGACCGCUUGAAAAUUGCUAUUGUGAAUGUUGGUGCACCUGCCGGGGGGAUCAACUCUGCCGUGUAUUCGAUGACUGCUUUCUGUCUAUCGCAAGGCCACAAACCGUAUGCGAUUUACAACGGUUGGAGUGGUCUGACAAGACAUGAGAGUGUCCGGACUUUGACUUGGAAAAAUGUUCUUGGGUGGGAAAGCUCUGGUGGUUCGGAACUAGGUACCGAUAGGGACAUUCCGUCCAGUACCGAUAUCGGGAUGAUCGCCUACUAUUUCGAGAAAUACCAGUUUGAUGGUUUGAUUAUAGUCGGUGGUUUCGAAGGGUUUGUUUCUCUUUACGAACUGGAAAGGGUCAGAGAUGUGUACCCAGCUUUCAGAAUCCCAAUGGUUUUGAUCCCAGCGACUUUAUCCAACAACGUUCCAGGUACAGAGUACUCUUUGGGGAGUGAUACCGCUUUGAACUCUUUAAUUAAGUACUGCGAUGUGAUUGAACAGUCCGCGUCUUCCACUAAGGACAGGGCGUUCAUUGUUGAUUGUCAAGGUGGUAACAGUGGUUACUUAGCCACAUGUACCCAUAUUGCCGUUGGUGCUCAUGCGUCAUACGUUCCUGAGGAAGGUAUCACAUUGGACCAAUUGAAACAGGAUAUUACCAACAUCGCAGAGGCGUUUGACUACUCGGAUGGUAGAGAGGGUCAAUUGAUCCUGAAGACUACAAACGCAUCCAAGGCGUUUUCUGCCACCGCACUCGCGGAUGUUAUGACUGCGGAGGCGGAAGGUAAGUUCAGUGUCAAGUCUGCCUUCCCGGGGCACAUUCAGCAAGGUGGGAAGCCAUCUCCUAUCGACAGGACAAGAGCCACCAGGUUUACAAUCCGUGCCGUGAAGUUUAUUGAGGAGAAGCAGACAGUCUCGUGUACAGCAAGAGACAGCGUAACCGAGGUCAACUACAAUCCGCUGGAUAAGGCAAACACCUCCACUGCCGUUGUGUUGGGUGUCAAGAACGCGAAGGUGGUGUUUUCUCCCAUCAAAUCCGUUUACGAGAAGGAGACCGAUGUCAAGAAGAGAAUUCCCAAAGUGAUCCACUGGACUCCAUUACGUUCUAUAGCAGACCAUCUCUCCGGACGUAAGAAAGUUCACAGCUAG